AUGGCUGCUAAUACUAGAUAUGAGCCAGCUCCUCAGCGAGACUCGUUUGAGGACCGCGCAUACACUCAGCCCCCGCCAUCUUAUCAGGCAACGGCCGAAUACUCCCAAGCGCCUCGCAGUGAGGACGACAAUGUUCCCGAUGACUUCAAAUUCGGUGGAAUGGUCGCAGAAGGAACUCUACCUAUCCGGAUGCAAUUCGUCCGGAAGGUCUACGCGAUCCUAACUGCCCAGCUCCUCCUAACAACCAUCCUGAGCUCAAUCUCCUUCUUUAGCGACAGCUACCGCCUUUGGAUUCAGUCCAACUUCUGGCUGAUGAUCGUCUCCGUCUUCGGUGCCUUGGGCUUCAUGCUCGUAACAUACUGGAAGCGCAAGAGCUACCCGACCAACCUUCUUUUCCUGACAGCCUUCACGGUUCUCGAGGCCUACUCCAUCAGCGUCGUGACGUCCUUCUAUGACGCGCGCAUCGUAGUGCAAGCCCUUAUCCUGACACUCGGCAUGUUCGUCGCGCUCACGCUCUUCGCAUGUCAGACGAAGUACGAUUUCACGAACUGGAUGCCGUACCUGUUCGGUGCGCUCUGGUUCUUGAUCCUGUUCGGCUUCGUCGCUGCGUUCCUCCCUAAUAGCUCUACUGUUGAGCUCAUCUACAGCGGCUUGGCGGCGUUGAUCUUCUCCGGCUACAUUCUUGUUGACACGCAGUUGAUCAUGAGACACUACCAUGUUGAGGAGGAGAUUGCCGCAAGCAUCUCGCUCUAUUUGGAUAUCCUUAACCUGUUCCUGGCCAUCCUCCGGAUCCUAAACAACCAGCAGAACAACUAG